CUUCGAUUCGAGAAAGCCCCGCACGACACACAGUAACUAGCGGAUGAAGACAGAUAGACAGAACAAAGGCACAUAUAAACAGACAUAGAUAGACAGACAGACAGAAUGGGAUGGACAAAAAUCGGUCAGCCUGACGAGACCCCUGCGUCGCUUUCACCACCACCAGCACCAUUACCACCACCAGUAUUGUCACGACCGACAGGCGAACGAGGCGGGGGGUCAUAUCUACACCAACCAACCAACACAUACACACAGACAGACACCCCAUUCCUCACCACGCACCGAACUCCCUAUCCAGUCCCUUCUCACCUGUGUGUGGCGUAAUAGGCCGAAAACGGGCUCUUUUCUCCCUUCUGCAGCUGCAGCGUACUGUCGCCCUGCUGUGUGCGUCUCUGUUUUCUCUGCUGCUGCUGCCAGUCCCAGUGCCGCUUCAUCAUGGCCCAGUAGGGCCGCAGCCGCUGACGCUCGCGCAUUGAACUGAAAGACGCCACGGACACGUGCCCGCUCGACUGGGAAGCGCAGGGAGACGACUCAUCGGGGGCGUCACGAGGCGCGUUCCGACGGGUGGUGGAAUGCUGCUUGGCAUCUACACGCAGACAGAGGGACAGAAAGAGACAGACAGACAGGUAUACAUAUGAUGUGAGUUGCCGUUGGUGUUGCGCGCGUAGCGCCUGUGCGGUGCGUGUGGGGUUGCUUACUUCUGUUGGUCCUUGUGUCUGGUGGGGGUGGUCCGAUGAUGGCCCCGGGCUGAGGGUCCUUCUGCCGCAGCGCCUCGGGGUUGGCAAUGCGGGUCUCCAGCGCCACAAUCCCGCUGGCCAGCACGCCCUCACUCCUGCCGCUGGGCGUUAUGGGCGUCACAUGCCCAUCGUCCUCACUGACCUCAUCGGUCUCUCCCACACCCAUGCAUGGCGAGUCUCCGUCUUCCUGCUGCUGCUGGUGUUGCGCUUCUGACUGUUGGGAGGAGCCCAUUCUGGCGUGGAACUGGAGGAAGUGGUGUGGGAUCUCCACCCCCUCAUGGACGUCGAUGUCCGAUAGGCCGAACACCCCCUUGCCGUGAUGCGAUGAGGACCCACUGGUGACACCCGCACCAUGACUGUGGCCCUGCCUCGCCGACGAGAUGCUGCCAUUGACCAUCACAGGCGACUCCACGAAAGGCAGCCGCGUCGCCGCCGCCCGUGACCGUCUGCCCAGGUCGGUGCCGGACACACCACUGGCUGGCGACAAGUCGACAGGAUCGUCGCCGGGCGGCUGUGGCGGCGCGUGGCUCUCCACCGGGGAGUCGUCUUCACCACCCUCAUCCUCUCGGGCCAUGAAUGGCGACUGCUCCUCCUCCUCUGCGAUGGCGGAAGGCGGGCGGUGGACACUCGAGGAAUGGGGGCGGCUGCGGUGCCCCUGGUGACGCUGGUGAUCCGGAGGCAAGAUGGUCUCCUCGAUGCCGAGCUCGGCCGUGAGCCACUCCUCCAGAGGCCGCCCCUCCCUCAGGAUGUCCCUGAAGCGCUCCAGCCACGGCGGCCUCUUCUGCCGCCGACAAGAGGUGGCCUUGCCGCUCCGGGCCGAUUGGGAUCGUGGUGGGAGCGAUGUCGGCUGGUGAGACGGCCGGCGGCCUGGCGAAGAGGCCGCACGCGGAAGAGACGACUUGCGGCCAGACCUGACUUGCGUGUUCUGGGGCUCCCUGAGACCGCUCUGCUUCCGCCUGGGAAGGCCAGACGGCCAGGGGUCCUUGUCUGAGGGGUAGUAGGGGCUCUGCUUCGGGUCAAAGUGCGAGGGAGUGGCCGCCCUGCUGCGCCCGCUGCCACUGCCGUUGCCGUUGCCGGCGCUCCUGCGUCUCCUCUUGUCGGUUGCCGAUGGUGCCGAUGGUGCUGGUGGUUGGCGGCAAGGCAGCGUGCGUGUCCUGAAGAGCGGGGAGGACGCACUGGCACUGCUGAGGCCGCUCGGGUCAUCCUCAUUGUGCCUCGCGCCCGCCCGCCUGACCGUGACCUGCGAUGGGGGGCUGCCCACACGCGAGAGGGGUGUCUGGCCGUGGCCGGCCGAUGGCGCACGAGAUAGGGGCAUGAAGGGAAGGGCUGGGGCGGCGAAGAAGGAUGGCUGCUGCCACGGUGGCGAGUACGGCGAAGGGCCGUCGUCGUCGUCAGCCUCGUGUCCGUGGGACGCUGUGGUGGGCGAGCCCUGUGACAUCAUGUCCAUCUUGGCCAUGAAGUAUAUCGGCUCCUCGACGGGCGGCGACCACUCGACCUUCUGGAAGGCACUCCGCUGGUCGGCUGCCAGCCUCGCCGCCGCAUCGGUCAACUGCCGAUCCAUCUCGCUCACGCCUCCUUCCUCCUCCUCCUCACUCACGGAGGGAGAGGAAGACAACUCCUGCCGAAGCGACAGCGGUGCGUCGUUGGGGCUGGUCGGCGGGGUGGAGCUGGAGCCUGCGUCGCGGUCACGUGUGCGAUGAUGGUGGUGGUGGUGGUGGUGUUCCUCGUUGAUCGGUGAGAGGGUGCCUGGUGGUGGGAUGAAGCGUGGGGGAAGGAUGGGUGGCCAUGCGGGAGGCGGGAAGGGGACAGCCAUGGGGUAGGGGUAGGGGAAGGACGGCAUCGACGGCGGGCGACCUGACGGCCAGGGAGGAUCUGACGAGAGGAGAGAGAAACACAACACAACACAACACCGGAGCGAUCGAUGUUUGUGCAUAUGAGAAAGGGAGGGACUUGCAGUGCAGUGUGCGUCUUUGUACCUUGUUUGGCCUGGAGAGCCAUCUGCAGCUGCUCGAUCUGGCGGUGCGCCUGAACAUAGCAACAAACAAAACACACCACCACCGUCAGUCACACGCUCGCCUCCCUCCCUCCCUCCAUCUGCAUGUCAUGUGUGGUAAGGAAUCACCUUGACGAGCUGGUCCUCCAGCGCCCUCUUCUCGCCAGAGUCUCCGACGCGGCCAACACCCGCGCCGUCGUCGUCAUCCCUCACCAGCAUUCCUCCCUCAGCAGCGCUCUCCACCCCGCUCACCCCGCCACCACUCAUACGCGACGAUCGACAGGGGCUGUUGUCGGUGGGCGACUGAUCCGGUGGAUCAAGGAUGAUUUCGCAUGACAGUGUGGGAGGGUGGUUGGGCGGGGAGGCCUGCACGGCCUCCUUGACCGUCGCUGAGCCGCUCGCCGUGGCUGUGGUGCUCUGCGGGGUGCCGGCGUUGAGGGUGCUCGUGCCGGCCUUGGUGCUGUUGUUGCUAGGGCUGGCCGUGCCGAUGCUGUCCUUCCUCUGUCUGUGGGACCUCCUGCGCGACCGCACCGAGUGCUGGUGGUGUUGGUGAUGCCUGUCAUGGGUGGUCCACAUGGACCACAUGGCCGCUGCCUGCGCCUGAGCGUAAGCCGCGUAGAGAGGAUCGCUGUAGGGCUGAUAGCCGUACCCGCCGUACCCACACGCCCCGGGGAUGGGAUGGGCGUAUGGAAAGCCGGGCAGCCCGGUGGCAGACACGUCAGAAGGUGGCAAGGGGGGUGAGGGGGACGUGGGCGGCCGGAGAGAUGCAGACGAGGUCGACCGCACUGGCUGGAACGUCGGCAGCAGCCGGACGCGCUCACCAGAGGGCGUCCGCACGAUGGUGGGCGACAUGGGGUCAUUCUCCCUCUCCUUGGAGACGUGCAGGUGCCUCUCGACCCCACUGCUGCCCCGCUGCAGCCCACUGGUGGUGGUUGACGACGAUGGCCGGCCUCGUUUCCUUCUAUCGGUAGCUGUGGUGGCUCUGCUCCUUUGGCUUGCGCGUGAGGAGGGGGAGAUGGCGACGCGCGGCUCUGAGGGGAUGGAGGGCGGAAAUCGCUCUAUUGAUGGGGCGAGGGGAGGGCCAUUGGGCUCGGCGUGACGAAGAGCGUGAAGACCUGACGAACGAAACCACAGACAGGACAGACAGACAGGCACAACAAACAGGCCACCAAUUGAUGGCUCCUUUCCUCUCAGCCCGCCAGCCCUUCCCUUUCUGUUGGUCUCUCACUCACCAUUUCGCUUCUUGGUUCUCAGUGCGGCCCGGUCAGCUCUCCUCUCGUCGCCCCGACUCCCGCCUUGUCUCAUCGCCACGCCCACCUCCUCCAGACCCCUUGCUGUCCGCAGAGGCAUCACCCUGUCCGCUCAGCCCCCGCUCCUCCACACAAAAGGUAACAAGGAAGAGUGUCUCACGGAAGGCGAUAUAGGUUCCAUUGCGCUACUGCUGGGCGCAUCGGUGGGCGGCCAUCAGCCCUUUGGAAACGUUCGCUGCUUGGCGUGGCUCAAGCCGAGCCUCCAGAGGUGUCAGGCAUCAAAAUUCAGCGGUUCCACGGCCUGUCUGCAACAAGGGUGGGAUGGCGGUGCCACGAACACGUCAGGGAGGGAUCAUUCGUG